UAUUGCUGAGUUCUGUAAUGUGGAAGAACUAAGACAUGAUGGCUGCUUGAAACAUAUGCAAGUGAACAAUGCAGCGAUCCGUGGAACCACAAUAGACUCGGACGCUUCAGCAGCUUCAAAAAUUACUGGUACAGAAGACGAUUUGCAGAAUGUUUGGAAGAAGGUAUCGAUUCAAAAUUAUGAGUUAGCAGAAGAGUGCCUGAACACAAACUGCUGCGGUGCUAAAAGAACAGCUGAAGCUCUUAUUCCGCUCCUCCAGCUAUCCGACUCUCCAAGGAUUGUCAAUGUUUCUUCCUUCUUGUCAAUGCUGAAGAAUAUACCAAAUGAAUGGGCUAAAGGAGUGUUCAGUGAUGUUGAUACCUUUACAGAGGAGAGAAUAGAUGAACUAUUAAGUGUAUUUCUAAAAGAUUUCAAGGAGGAUUCUUUAGAAACCAAGGGCUGGCCAGCCUCACUGUCAGCCUAUGCACUCUCAAAAGCAGCCAUGAAUGCUCACACAAGGAUUGUAGCCAAGAAGCACCCCAAUUUCUGCAUUAAUUGCAUCUGUCCAGGGUUUGUCAAAACAGAUAUGAGCAAUAACACCGGCACCUUAUCGGUUGAUGAAGCUGCAGUGUAUCCUGUGAAAUUGGCGCUGCUUCCUGAUGGAGGACCUUCUGGCCUCUUUUUCAUUCUGGAUAAAUUAUCUUGUUUCUGAAUGCAAAACAACCCCACUAUGAUCUUGGAUAAAUUAACUUUGCUGAAUGGAAAAUGAAUA